CCGAUACCCUGGAACGUGUGGUGGGAGAUGGAGGUACGCGGUGGUGGUGGUGGGAGGAGAUCCGGAGUCUUUAUCGGCGGGAUAACACACACGCAGAGCCACCCGAGGUUGAGUGGCUGUUAUUUGGAUUACGUUUUGAGCUGGACGCACCAGAAGGCAGGAAGCAGCGGCUCACUUGUCGCCACCUUUGGCUCUUCCCCACCAUUUAUCAAUUAGCCCAUCCUCAUAUCAGAUAUCCAAAUCCCUCCCACCAUCAGUCACACACUCGCUCCACUCUCCUCUCUCGCAUCCCAUCCCCGCCCUCUGAUGGCAAUGGCGACGGCGCUCCGGAGGCUCUCUUCCUGCGUUUCCAAGAAGCAGCCUCUCUCUCCAGGCUCCCUCUUUUACAUGUCUUCCCUGCCGAGUGAAGCCAUCUACGAGAAAGACAAAUCGCGCGUCACGUGGCCCAAACAAUUAAAUGCUUCGCUGGAGACCGUUGAUCCAGAGAUUGCCAACAUCAUCGAGCUCGAAAAGGCCAGACAAUGGAAGGGGCUUGAACUCAUACCAUCCGAGAAUUUCACUUCCAUUUCUGUGAUGCAAGCUGUGGGAUCCAUCAUGACUAAUAAAUACAGUGAAGGAUACCCUGGUGCAAGAUACUAUGGUGGAAAUGAAUACAUAGAUAUGGCUGAAUCACUGUGUCAAAAGCGAGCUUUGGAAGCCUUUCGUUUAGAUUCUGCAACGUGGGGAGUGAAUGUUCAGUCUCUGUCUGGGUCCCCUGCUAAUUUCCAAGUUUAUACCGCUCUACUGAAACCUCAUGAGAGAAUCAUGGCUUUGGAUCUUCCUCAUGGUGGGCAUCUGUCCCAUGGCUACCAGACGGAUACCAAGAAGAUAUCUGCUGUAUCAAUAUUCUUUGAGACAAUGCCAUACAGAUUGAAUGAGAGCACGGGAUACAUUGACUAUGACCAGUUAGAGAAAAGUGCGGCACUAUUUAGGCCAAAAUUAAUUGUUGCUGGAGCCAGUGCGUAUGCUCGCCUGUAUGAUUAUGCUCGUAUCAGAAAGGUUUGCCAUAAGCAGAAAGCAAUUCUUUUGGCAGAUAUGGCACACAUAAGUGGUCUUGUUGCUGCUGGAGUUAUCCCAUCACCUUUUGAAUAUGCAGAUGUUGUGACAACAACGACUCACAAGUCACUUCGUGGGCCUCGAGGGGCAAUGAUUUUCUAUAGGAAGGGAGUAAAGGAGAUAAACAAACAAGGGCAUGAGGUUCUGUAUGACUUUGAAGAUAAGAUCAAUGCAGCUGUCUUCCCUGGACUUCAAGGUGGUCCCCACAAUCACACAAUUGCUGGAUUAGCUGUUGCACUCAAACAGGCAACCACACCAGAGUACAAAGCAUAUCAAGAACAAGUUCUAAGUAAUUGUGCGAAGUUUGCUCAGAGGUUGGCAGAGAAAGGAUAUGAGCUUGUUUCUGGUGGAACAGAAAAUCAUUUAGUCCUGGUUAAUCUUCAAAACAAGGGAAUAGAUGGAUCCAGAGUGGAAAAGGUUUUAGAAUUAGUUCACAUAGCAGCUAAUAAGAACACAGUCCCUGGUGAUGUGUCUGCAAUGGUUCCUGGGGGCAUCCGGAUGGGGACCCCAGCCCUUACAUCUAGGGGUUUUGUUGAAGACGAUUUUGCAAAAGUUGCUGACUUUUUUGAUACUGCUGUUAAAUUGGCACUGAAAAUUAAGGCUGGAACGAAAGGCGGGUCAAAGUUAAAGGACUUCCUGUUCACUAUUCAAACUGACUCUAGUAUCCAAUCUGAGAUUGCAAAGCUAAGGUAUGAGGUGGAGGAGUAUGCAAAGCAGUUCCCAACCAUUGGGUUUGAAAAGGAGACGAUGAAAUACAAGGACUAAUGAAGAAAGGCUUAAGGCAACAGAUGCUGUCUAGUUUGGUGUUUCUUAGUUAAGCUUUGUGGUGUCGUUUGUGGAAAAGUAUUAUAUACCGUAUGUGGAAAAGUAAUACCUUUGAGCAUUGUCAUAUUUAAGGUGGACUUUGUGAUUGAAGACUCUUUUGAGAGUUGUGCAUGAUAAAUUGAGCAACAAAAUGUGGCACAUGGCAUUUCCUCCUUAAACAGAAGGGAGUAGAUCUAUGUAGAACAGCUGAUAAAAUCUAUUUCUCUGCCUGCGUGCACUAGCAAACCAUUAUAUAUAAUAAGUUCACUCUUCAUACUUU